CUACUGUGUACACCAUUUACAUAUCACUAACCAAACCCCAAAAAACCAACGAAUUUUUUUUUUCAAUUCUCCAUUUUUCUUCUUCUUCUCUCUCUGCUCUGUCGCUUCACUUUCUCUCUGCUUCGUACAAUCCGAUUCGUCUUCUUCAUCACUAGGGAGAAGAAGAAGAAAAAUCCCGAAAAUGGCUAAAGAGAAAGACCAAAACACGAAGGACAAAAACCUCCUAAUUUGUUUCUUAUGGAACUUCUCCGCCGAGCUCAAGCUCAUUUUAAUGGCGUUACUCGUUCUCUGCACUCUAGCCACUCUUCUGCCUUUUAUACCUUCCUCUUUCUCCAUUUCCGCUUCCGAACUCAGAUUCUGCAUCUCACGAAUCGCCGCGUCAGACGCCGCUAAUUCCACCUCCUCCCUCGCCGUCACCGUCGUCGAGAAGCCAGAAGUAGAUAACGGCGUUACUAAGCAUCAGUUAACUGACAAGGCGGAAUCAGAUAGGGGAGUUAUCAAACGGCCUCUUACUGAACAGCCGGUGUUGAAUAACGGCGUUAUUAAACGGUCGUUUACUGGUUACGGCUGGGCGGCUUAUAACUUCGUGUUGAUGAACGCUUACAGAGGCGGCGCUAACACUUUCGCCGUCAUCGGCUUAUCCUCGAAACCACUUCACGUCUACGCGCAUCCGUCUUACCGUUGCGAGUGGGUCCCAGCUAACCAGUCCGAUAACCGGAUUGUAACCGACGGGAACAAAAUCUUAACCGAUUGGGGGUACGGCCGGGUUUACACAACCGUCGUCGUCAACUGCACUUUCCCGUCCACCAUAAACACUAAAAACUCCGGUGGGACUCUUCUCCUACACGCAACCACCGGAGACACAGAUCGGAACAUCACCGACUCGAUCCCGGUCCUAACAGAAACCGCAAACGCCGUCGAUUUCGAUCUCUACGACUCCAAUCGCCGCCGGGAAAAGUACGAUUACCUCUAUUGCGGCUCGUCUCUGUACGGAAACCUAAGCCCGCAGCGAGUGAGGGAAUGGAUCGCUUACCACGCGAGAUUCUUCGGCGAGAGAUCUCAUUUCGUUCUUCACGACGCCGGAGGAAUUCAAGAGGAAGUGCUCGAGGUUUUACGGCCAUGGAUUGAGCUCGGGAGAGUUACUGUUCACGAUAUUAGAGAUCAGGAACGUUUCGAUGGAUACUAUCAUAAUCAGUUCAUGGUGGUGAAUGAUUGCUUGCAUAGAUACAGAUUCGAGGCCAAGUGGAUCUUCUUCUUCGAUGUUGAUGAGUUUAUCUAUGUUCCUCCGAAGAACACUAUUUCCUCGGUGAUGGAAUCUUUAGAGGAAUAUUCUCAGUUCACUAUUGAACAGAUGCCUAUGAGUAGUCAGCUUUGUUUCUCCGGCGACGGUCCGGCGAGAACUUACAGGAAAUGGGGAUUUGAGAAAUUGGCGUAUAGAGACGUGAAGAAAGUACCACGACGCGACCGAAAAUACGCGGUUCAACCGCGUAACGUAUUCGCGACCGGCGUUCACAUGUCGCAGAAUCUACAAGGGAAGACAUACCACAAAGCGGAAGGCAAGAUCCGAUAUUUUCACUACCACGGUUCGAUCUCGCAGCGGCGUGAGCCUUGCCGUCAUCUUUUUAACGGCACACGGAUCGUGUUUGAUAACAAUCCUUACGUUCUUGAUACCACGAUGCGCGAUAUUGGCCUCGCGGUCAAGACGUUUGAGAUUAGGACCAUUGGUGAUCGGCUGCUUAGGACACGGCAAUGAGAAACAAAAGAAGAAAGAAGAAAAUGGUUAAGAAAGCGAUGUUUUCACUUUUGCAUUUUGUAACGUAAAUCCCUUGAGAAGUAAUGUAUCUUAGGCGAAUGUAACAAUUUUUAUGGAUUCUUUUUAGUAUAUUCUUUUAUUGUAUUAAAACGGGGUCAUAGAAUCAUACAGCUCAGAAUCUUGGUAUAUAAGCAUCUCUUUUAUGGGCUUUAAUAAUAUUUUUUUGUUAUCUGUU